AUGACCCUGACCCUAAAGAAGUUCAACUUCAGCUGCUAUUUCCCUACCAAGGUCCAGGCCCUGGUAGCUGACUUUUCCAUCAUCUUCUCCAUCCUGCUGUUCUGGCUCGAUGCCUGCUUCGGCCUGGUGACCCCCAAGCUGCAAGUGCCCAGUGUCAUCAAGCCCACUCGGCCUGACCGAGGCUGGUUCAUGGUCCCCUUCGGGAAGAACCCUUGGUGGGUGUGCCUGGCGAGCAUCCUGCCCGACUUGCUGGCGACCGUCCUGGUCUUCACGGACCAACAGAUCACAGCCGUCAGAGUCAACCGGAAGGAGAACAAGCUGAGGAAGGCAGCUGGCUGCCAUCUGGACCUGUUCUGUGUGGGCAUCCUCAUGGCCCUGUGCUCUUUCAUGGGGCUCCCCUGGUAUGUGGCGGCCACUGUCAUCUCCAUCGCCCACAUCGACAGCCUCAAGAUGGAGAUGGAGACCAGCGCCCCUGGGGAGCAGCCCCAGUUCCUGGGGGUCAGGGAACAAAGAGUGACGGGCACCAUCGUCUUCAUCCUGAAGGGCAUCUCUGUCUUCCUGGCUCCUAUCCUGAAGAUAGGUGUUCAGAGGUAG